GUAAAGUAGCAUCCUUAUAGAAUAAAUUCCUUGUUCCUACACGCUUCACCAAAAGAGCUGCAGUUUUACGAGGCAAGGAAUAGAAGUGAAAAAGAGAGUAUAAUUCCCUGAUUUCAUGUUUCCCUAACUAGAGAUAGACAAAGAUUAAGGGUGUUGGGUAAAUAUGGGACGUGGAAAGAUACCGAUCAAGAGGAUUGAGAACCAGACAACUCGACAAGUCACCUUUUCAAAGCGGCGAGCUGGGCUUUUGAAGAAGACCCACGAGCUUUCUGUGCUUUGCGAUGCUCAGAUUGGGCUCAUCAUCUUCUCUAGCACUGGCAAGAUGUGCCAGUACUGCAGUGAGCCUUACCGAAUGGAGCAAAUCAUAGAAAGGUACCAGAAAGUCACUGGGACUCGCAUUCCUGAGCAUGACAACCGAGAACAUUUGUACAAUGAAUUGGCAGUGUUGAGGAAAGAAACCCGUCGUCUUCAAUUGAGCAUGCGACGCUACACUGGCGAGGACAUGAGCUCCAUACCAUUUGAAGAGCUGGAUCAACUUGAACAAGAACUUGAACGUUCUGUGAACAAGGUCCGAGAGCGAAAGAAUGAGCUCUUGCAACAACAGCUGGAUAAUCUACGAAGAAAGGAGCGAAUACUAGAGGAAGAAAACAGCAACAUGUACCGCUGGAUUCAGGAACACCGGGCAGCAAUAGAGUAUCAACAGGGAGGAAUAGAAGCGAAGCCGGUGGAGCAUCAGCAAGUUCUGGAUCAAUUCCCCUUCUAUGGAGAACCCAGUAGUGUGCUUCAGCUUGCAACCAUUCCUCAACAGUUUCACUCAUAUCAGCUCCAGCUUGCUCAGCCCAACCUUCAAGAUUCAAACGUCUAGCAUUGCAGCAAAGAAUGAGCAGGUUUUAUGAGAAGAGUUUCCUGGAUUAAAAGAGGAUAUAGUAUACUCGGACAGGGACAGCAACUCAGCAUUGGAAUCAAGUCUUAUGUUCAUAAAUCUACUAGAGAGUUAUUUCUGAUAUGUUUGUUUUAGGUAGUGUGUUAUGCUUUCAUGUUUCUUAAGUUAAACAUCCAACUCAAGAUUAAUAACCUUUCUGUGUGUUUUUCUGAAUUUUUUUCCCUUUUUCAUGUACUAUGCUAUUGACAGAAGUAUGAUUUACUAAAAGUUAAUAAAUAUUUGCAAUGGAAUUUCUGAGAGGAAGAGAGA